AAAGCACCAAAAGUCUGGUUGUAGAGCAGCAGGAGGAAACAAAUAUAUCCAGAUAACAUGCCUAAUCCGUGAAACGUGCACAUUCUGCAUCCCCCCGCCGUGCACCACAGAGCGCGCGGGCACGGAGGCCAGCUGAGGUGAUACCUCAUUGGCUGGUGUGACUCCCGCAGGCCCGCCACCUCCCACGGUGGGCCCCGAUCAGCUGGACCUGCACUGACGGCUUUCGGGGAGAACAUUGCCGCCAUCGGCGUCGUCAGCUGAAGAGCUAAGCCCCACUGUUUCCUCCCCCACCUCCCUAUCAUCACUGUUCAUUACUCUGUUGUGAACCGUGAUUACUUCCAAACUAUUCGCUUUAGAGUACUAUGGCAAUGCAUGAUAUGAGCCGCGCCAAGGGUUUCCCCUGUAAAGAGUGUGAUAUGGUUUGCCCGAGUACUCCAAGUCUACUAGAACAUAUGAAAGCACAUUAUCAGCAAGAAGAGAACGGACGUUUUGAGUGUGAACAGUGUGGCCGAAUUUACAAGCACGCAGCCAGUCUAGCUAAUCAUAAAAAGUCUCACGAAGUCGGUUCAUUCCAGUGUCCUGUUUGUACCCGAACCCUUCCCAACGCAGUAGCUUUGAAGAACCACCUUCGUAUCCAUACAUUGUCCCCUAGUAGUGCACACACAGAAGAAGAGAGUGAAGAAGUACCAGAAGAAGAAGGAGUCCACGACGAGAGGGACUACGGUCUCGCCCAGGACCUCUCGGACGGGUUUGGCCGCUCUCAUUUGAACAAUAGUGGUAUAGGACAUAGUGUCCUACAAAGCCACGUGACAGACGACCACGGAAAGAAAGGUUCCCCUGAGUCUGACAACGCUUGGGAUAGACCAUUCAAGUGUGACCAGUGUGACAGAACUUACCGACACCACGGUAGCCUUGUGAACCACAAGAAGUGUCACCAACAAGGAACUUUUAAGUGCUCUGUGUGUUUUAAACAAUUCAGCAACCUGGCUGCCUUAAACAGCCACGAGCGAACUCACUCGAAGUUCAAGACUCCCGGGGCAUCCAUGGUGAGCAGCAGCAGUAGCAGCAGCAGUCUCCAUGACUCGGGGCGCAGCAGUGGCACCCAGUCAUCCCAGAGCGACAACACCACCGCCUGCUUCUGCCACCUGUGUCAGAUAACGCUGCCGAGUAAGGCUGACUUCCAGGAGCAUAUUCUGCUGCACAACGCUGCCACGCCCUCCCUUGGCCUGCCGAGAAGCUUCCCCGGCAUCAUGCCUCAUAAUCUGAGUGCGGUUCGGUCCCCGGCUUACACCCCGGCUCUGGGUGACCCUCUUCCACUGCCACCUUUGCCCAGUGACAAAAGAGGUCCGUAUGACCCCAUAAUGGGGCCUCCGGUCAACAAUCCCAUCUAUACUUGUGCAUACUGUGGGGCAGGACACCCAGACUUGGAGACCCUGAAAGUCCACUAUCUGACCCACGAUCCCCACCCUGCCGCUCAUGGCCAGGACAACUCUAUCCUCAACUCAGACACACUAAGUUCUGGAUCUCAGGGCUCUGUGUCUUCUCCUGGAGGCCGUGUACCACAGGCCAAUUCUCCAGAUGAUGGAGAGCGUCGCUUUAAGUGUGGGGAGUGUGGCAAAAGUUACCGACAUGCAGGUAGCCUGGUCAACCACAAACGCUGCCAUCAGACAGGCCACUACCAGUGUACAAUCUGCUGUAAGCAGUACCCUCACUUGGCAGCGCUACACAGCCACCUACGAAGCCACAAGGGGCGUCCCUCCAACCAGCCUAUUGGUAAUGACAGCAACGACUGGCUAUCUCCAGAGCCUCUAACUCUGGACUCACUGCCAGGAAACCUCAGUGAUGCUGCCCAUUUUGUCCCAGAUGGCGGCCACAGCAGUGGGUUGGAUUCCCUUGAAUUCCACGACCGAUUUGACGGCAGCUCACUUUCCCAGAGCAACUCUGCUCACCGCCAGGCUGACAGACAUGUGUGUGCUGACUGCGGUGAGAUGUACAGCGAUGUAUCUGGGAUCAAGUCGCACCUGUGUCCCCGCCGUGGCCAGCAGCAGCAGCAGCCACAACAGCAGCAGGGCAGCAUGUCCAAUGGUUUUAUAGGGAACAUGAACUACCACAGCUCCAGUGGAACCUCACUGCCUGCUGGAAGCUCCAGCAACCUAAAAGAAGGCAGCAGCCAACGACAGUACUCCCAGAGUGGAGGCAAGAGAAUGGGGAACAAUGAGAAGGACGAUGACGAUGAUGGAGAAGUAUAUCAGUGCUCGGUGUGCGGCAACCACUACGCCAGCCUCAGAGCUCUCAGGAGCCACCUGCGUAGCCAUGCCAAUAACCCAACAGGGGCAGGACCCUCCAACCUGGAGGCAGAUUGGAGGAUGAUUUGCUCCACAUGUGGGCAGAGCUUCUCCAGGAAGCAGGACCUCCUGAAUCACCAGCUAGUCCAUGGCCCCCAAAGGCCAGAUGGCCAGCAAGCGGGAAUUGGAGGCGCUUCAGCAAAUGGCAAUGACAAGAUGGACGGGCGCAACCACAUUUGUGUUGACUGUGGCAUGUUUUUUGCUGAUCGUCACCAUCUGAUCACACACUUGUGUCCUGGAAAAAAUCGGGGAAGCUCACUGAGCAAGCAGGGACUGAAUGGAGCCAAAGGGAUGUCUGGAGGAGAGGGCGUUGCUGGUGGAGUCGCAGGAGGAAGCCGUGAUGUUGGUGGUGAUGGACGGAGGUCGAUGGUUGACCAAAGUGACAAACCCCACAAGUGUGACCAAUGCGGACGAGGAUACAGACACCCCUGCUCCCUCCUUAACCACAAAAAGUCCCAUAAGACUGGUGUUUUCCGCUGCUUGGUGUGCCAGAAACGCUACUACAAUCUACUAGCUCUCAAGAAUCACCAAAGGACCCACUUUGACCUGAAGAGGCACAAGUGUGAAGAAUGCGGCAAGGCCUUCAAGAUCCAAAAACAGCUGAUUAACCACCUCCGUCUCCAUGAAGAGCACCGGGCCAAAGGCCUUGUCCGGUCUGGUCCCAAUGGUUCCCGCUACCAGCAGCCUGGCCCGUCUCAAAUGCAGACAAUGAGAGGAGAGUCGUCGAAAAGCCAAGCAAUGGGUGCUAAAUACAGCAAUCAGGGUUUCAAAAAGCCCUACUCUUCAGCUGGAACGUCCAGGCCCCAGAAAUUUGACCCAGCUGAAACUGGGCGGCGUCCGUUUGCCUGUGAAGAAUGUGGAAAGACAUAUCGUCAUGCGGGCAGUCUGGCCAAUCACAAGAACCUCCACAAAAUUGGGGAGUACCACUGCAAUGUUUGCAAUUCUACAUACCCCAACAGACUGGCUAUGAAAAACCAUCUACGCCUCCACUUUGCUCAGAAGAAGCACAACUGCCAAGAGUGUGGCAAAGGCUUCCGCACUCAGAGGCAGCUAGCUACACACACUACAGCGGGGCUGUGCAAAGGCCCCCAGGGCCCCGGGGCCCAGAUGGAUUUUGAGUGUGAUGGCUGCUGUGAAGGCUUUGCCACGGCUGAUGAACUUGCUGCUCAUGACUGCCCAGCCCAGCACCUGCCUUCUUCCUCGUCCGCCAACAGCUCCACUAACAUCAGCAUGGAGAGAAGCUCCGUGGACCUCGACUCUGACGAGAGACCGUACGCCUGUGACUUGUGCAGCUGCGCCUACAAGCAUGCAAGCUCCUUACUGAACCACAAGCACACCCACAAGACGGGCAACUUCCGAUGCAACUUCUGCGACAAACCCUACACCAACUACAUGGCGCUGCGUAACCACAUGCGCAUCCACACACAGCGGAAGAAGCACAUCUGCCACACGUGCGGGAAAGCCUUCCGGCUGGCCAGGUUCCUCCGCAACCACCAGAAGGUCCACGAGGAGGGUGCCACCCCUUUCGGCUGUCCCACCUGCGGGAAGAGUUUCCAGGGGAGGUCCGGUCUGGCCAGGCAUCGCUGCGGGGACAACCAGGUAGGCAUGGAAGUCAGGAGGAAGGCCGCCGCACCCACGGGAGAGGGCGACGAGUGUCGGUACACAUGUGAUCAAUGCGGCCGCUCCUACCGCCAUGCCAGCUCCCUCCUCAACCACAAAAACACCCACACUGUCGGCAUCUACCACUGCGCUGUGUGCCUCAAAACCUACUCCAACCUGCUUGCCCUGAAGAACCACCGCCGUAUCCACUCUGAGACGCGGCGCCACCGUUGCCACGACUGCGGUAAAGCCUUCCGUGUUUCCUCUCAGCUCUACAACCACAGACGCGUCCACCAAAAACAGCGGGAGCUGACCUGCCGGUCCUGCCAGCGCGCCUUCCCCACACAGGCCAGCUUCAGGCUCCACAUGGAGAUCACCCACGGCCAGACGCCACAGCCUCGCCAGCCCAGACCCCAGCAGCCCCGACCGGGGGGCUCCCAGGACCUGGGCUGGGGAUCGGGCCUGGACCACACAUUAAUGCAAGAGCAAGGACUCAAUCCCAGCAGCAUGGCCAGAGGCCGCAGCCGUGGGGGCCACAGCGAGGUCCACAAGCCCCACGUCUGUGACCAGUGUGGACGGUCUUACCGCCACGCCAGCUCCCUGCUCAACCACAAGAACAGCCACAAGACCGGGACCUACUUCUGCAACUCCUGCCAGAAGGAGUUCCCCAACCUGAUGUCUCUAAAGAACCACCGGCGGAUCCACACCGAGCCCAAACGCUACCAGUGCCCCGACUGCGGCAAGUCCUUCCGCGUCUCCACCCAACUCAUCUGCCACCGCCGCAUCCACACCAAGGAGAAGCCGUUCUCCUGCCAGCAGUGUGACAAGCGCUUCUCGUCCAAGUCCAACCUGAGGCACCACAUGAAGGUGCACUGGAGCGGCUCGACGGCGCCCCCUCCCAUGGCCAUGGGUGCGCCCAACUUCCUGGAUCUCAGCCCGGUCGGCUCGACGAGCAGCUCCAAGAGCUACGCCUGCAACCAGUGUGGCCGGUCUUACCGCCACGCCAGCUCCCUGCUCAACCACAAGAACAGCCACAAGACCGGGACCUACUUCUGCAACUCCUGCCAGAAGGAGUUCCCCAACCUGAUGUCUCUAAAGAACCACCGGCGGAUCCACACCGAGCCCAAACGCUACCAGUGCCCCGACUGCGGCAAGUCCUUCCGGGUGUCCACGGCGCUCAUCUGCCACCGCCGCAUCCACACCAAGGAGAAGCCGUUCUCCUGCCAGCAGUGUGACAAGCUGUUCUCGUCCCGGUCCAACCUGAGGCACCACAUGAAGGUGCACUGGAG